AUGCCAAUGUUAGAUGAAAAUGCAGAUACAUUUCAAUUCCAACAUUCAUUAUUUCAAUCACCAUACUCACCAUCUAAAAGUGAAGAAGAUGAUAUAUUAAAUAAUAAAAUAAAUGGUAAUAGCAAUAAUUGUAUCAAUAUAAAUAGCGGUAGUAGUAGUAAUGCAACAAAUUGGAUAGAUGAUGAUAGUUUUACUCAACACCAUCUAUCACCAUUAAAAAAUCCUCAUUUUCAAUAUCAACACCACAAUAAUUUUAUUAAUAAUAAUAAUAAUAAUAAUAAUAAUAAUACACAUUUAUCACCAAUAAAACAAAUUAAUUUAAUUGAUAAUGAAAAUCAUAAUUGGUUUGAACCUACAUCUUCAACAUUAUCUACAUCUUAUUCACCAAGUUCUGAUAUUUUAUUUUCAUCGCCCUCUCCUUCAUCAAAUAUUUUAUCAAAUACUUUACCAAUACAAUUUUAUCAUCAACCACAACAACAACAACCACAAUCUUUUCAAUUUUUACAACCAAAAACAACUUUAAUAUCACCAUUUUCUCCAAAUCAAACUAAUACAAUUAAUAUGACACCUCAGUCUCAACAACAACUUCAACAACUCCAGCAACUCCAACAACAACAACAACAACAACAACAACCUAAAAAACAAAUUAAAAAACCCCUACCAAAUUUAAAUAAUAUGAUUUGUAAGGAAUGCAAUAUAAAAUUAAAAGCAAAAUAUAUAAGUUUAGAUGAGGUUUUAUUUAUGUGUCCAAAAGAGGGUUGUUUAUUCCCAUUGCAAGAAAAAGAAAUGUGUUCCUUUAUAUUUGAUUCUUGUUUAUUUAAAAGACAACAAAAUAAAAAGUAA